GAGGGCGGUGUCGGAAAGUCUAGCCUCACGUUGCAAUUCAUCAAGAAGGAAUUUUUUGACACAUACGACCCUACCAUAGACGACAGCUACACAACUACUAUGACGGUGGAUGAUCGUCUCUGGCAGAUCGAAGUGUUGGACACCGCCGGUCAAGAAGAGUACCGUGGUCUAUGGGUGGAACAUGCCAUCUCGGAGGGAGAAGCUUUCAUCAUCACCUAUGCAAUAAACUCGACUAGAUCAUUCAGAGCCGUUCCCGAUUUUUUGAAGCUGAUUGCCAACUGCAAGAUUCUCAAACCAAGACACUUUCCCUUCCCUUUUGCAAUUGCAGGAAAUAAGGAAGACUUGGUUUCGCAAAGGACCAUCCCGACGAGCGAGGGGGUUCAGUUGGCAAAUGCAAGCGGGGGGUUAUUCUAUGAAUGUUCGGCAAAAAAGGCCGUCAAUGUUGAAGAGCUCUUCAUUCAACUGAUACGAUCGGUUGCAAAGCUACGUGAAGGCAGACUUACCCACCGCAAAGAUUCAAAGAUGACCGCGUGA